AUGUCAGCAGAUACAAAGCUGCACCACUGUCACCUGCAGAUACAAGCUCUGCACUGUGAGAGCGAGAGAAAGACAAAAGAGAGGAAGAAGAAAGGCAAAAGAAACUGGGUCAUAGACAAAAGGGCUUCCAGCGGUGUAGGGCUGCGAAACGUCUUUAUCACCGCACAAAAGGGAUUUGAGGAAUGCUUCGGAGUUGAAAAAUGUGUUAAUUGCAGAGUCCUAGACGCUAGAAGGUUGAAGGGUGGGAUCACGCUUCACUUUAGAAGCUCCCGGAUCUCCCGCUGCGGCAUGGGAAGUGUUUCAUCAGCGCUGCGGCAGGUGCAAGGGGGAGGGAUCCGUCUGCGGGACCUCGAGGGACGACGGGGCAGGCGCUGUGGAUAUAUUAAAGCAAAGCAAGACCCAGAGGAAGAGAAAAUGCAGUUUCAGCAUGGACGAGUCAAACUUCCAGAAACACGCAUGUACAUUCACCCACACACUUAUGAGGACCCCAACCAGGCGGUGCGAGACUUCGCCAAAGAGAUCGAAGUUUCCAACAUACGGAUCGAGAGAGUUAUUGGGGCCGGUGAGUUUGGAGAGGUUUGCAGUGGCCGUCUGAGGCUGCCCAGUAAGAGGGAGAUCCAGGUGGCCAUAAAGAGUCUGAAAGCCGGAUAUUCGGAGCAGCAGAGACGUGACUUUCUGAGUGAGGCCAGCAUUAUGGGCCAGUUCGACCAUCCCAACAUCAUUCGACUGGAGGGAGUCGUUACCAGAUGCAAGCCGGUUAUGAUUAUCACAGAGUACAUGGAGAACGGCUCACUGGACAUGUUUCUCAGGAAGAAUGACGGACGCUUUACAGUUAUUCAGCUGGUGGGCAUCCUGAGAGGAAUCGCGUCCGGGAUGAAAUACCUGUCUGACAUGAGUUACGUUCACAGAGAUCUGGCAGCACGGAACAUCUUAGUGAACAGCAACCUGGUGUGUAAAGUGUCUGAUUUCGGCAUGUCCAGAGUUCUUGAAGACGAGCCGGAAGGAGCGUAUACUACCAGGGGAGGGAAGAUUCCAAUCCGUUGGACGGCUCCAGAAGCCAUCACAUACAGGAAGUUCACCUCAGCCAGUGACGUGUGGAGUUACGGCAUCGUCAUGUGGGAAGUGAUGUCAUACGGCGAACGACCAUACUGGGACAUGAGCAACCAAGAUGUGAUAAAGGCAAUAGAGGAAGGCUACCGGUUGCCGCCGCCCAUGGAGUGUCCGCUGGCUCUGCAUCAGCUCAUGCUGGAGUGCUGGAUGAGGGAGCGAGCGGACAGACCCAAAUUCAGCCAGAUCGUCAACAUGCUGGACAAACUCAUACGUAACCCUGCCACGCUCAAGAGGACGGCGGGAGACGCCAGCAGGCCCCACCCCUCCACGCUUCACCACGCCCCCUCCGAAGGCUCCGCCCCCUCUUUGGGUUCUGUGGACGAAUGGCUGAAAAUCAUUGGACUCGAGCAAUACAGAGAAAACUUCAGUACGGCGGGAUUCUGCAGCUUGGAGAGCGUCUUACCCAUGAGUCACGAGGAUCUGGCCAAGAUGGGAGUCUCGUGCAGCGCACAUCAGAGGAAGAUCCUGAGCAGCGUGCAGGAGUUAUUGUCUGGAAUGCAUCACAGGCAAGACACAAAGGUUCCUGUCUGAUCCGCGACGAGGGGGGAAAAAAAAAAACAAUGCAUCAUGUUGCUUAACAUGGAGGGACGGAAUAUUUCACAUCAUUCUUGCACUUUAAUUAAUGUGAACGGUAUGAAGAUCAGAACGAAUGAGCUAAACUGCACUUUUCUGGGCCGCUUUGCGCUUCUAUGAGGAACUUUCUUUAAGUCUAAGGAUUUUAAACUGGCAUUUUGCCGACAAUUAAAAUGACUUAAUGCGUCUCUCUGGAUGAGAUGUUUCUGGCCCUGUUGUUGUAGGCGGCGGGGCAGUAUUUUUCGACAGGCGAAGGUUUGAGAAGUGUCCUCCUCCUGUAAGUGGAAAGAACUGUUUCGGCUAAGUGCAAACAGACUACAAAGCUUUUCACCUCAGGAUCUUUUCGGGAAUGGCCGCUCGUCAUCGGCAGGAAGGAAUUGUUCCCCCGUGGAUCAGAUUCGAACAUUAUAUUAAAAAGGAUCUUUUGCCUCGGGAGAUUUUGAGCCUUCGCAAACGAAACUAACAGACCUUUUGGACGGUGUGUGUUUGUUUUAUGAAGGCCAGAUGGGAGUUUCAGAGGCAUUGCUGAAUGGAAAAUUAUAUUGCUUUAUUUGUUGAAAAAAAAAAAAAUACAUAAAAUAAAGGGAACGAGGAGAUAGAUCCAGAUACGAUUAGUCUUAAGUUACUCAUGUUCCUUGUAUCCAAUCUUUGCAUUUUUAAGUAGCAAAGUCAAAGACCGAUGGUCUUUCCUAUUUUCUUAGUAAAUCUUGUUUCCUUUU